GCGAAAAAGAGCUUUAGAUUCAGCAACCAACCACCUCUCAUGGCUGGCACGCACAGCCACAGCGGUUUCUGAUUCGCCGAUUCAAACCAGAAAGCUGCGAAAAGCUCAAGAAAACGAAGAAGCAAACUCCAUAAUAACUAACCAGAAACUUCGAUUGGCCAUCAAUGGCGGGGACUUCCACUCCUACUUCUACUACGAACUUGAGCAGAGUCUUCGCCUCGCUUUUUCCCGCUCCUUCCCCUCGCCCUCGCCCUCGCGCUCUAUUCCAUUGCCGUAGCCUUUCAACUUCCUCCAAUCUCGGAUUCUGCGGAACCGCAUCGAGAUUCCCCAAGUUUUCCUCCAGAAAACCGACCCAGAUUCGAGCUGUGUCGGGCUCGUUCGGGUCCCGGAUGGAGGAGAGCGUCAAGAGGACUGUCGGCGAGAAUCCCGUCGUUGUCUACUCCAAAACUUGGUGCUCCUACUCAUCUGAAGUGAAGGCUUUGUUCAAGAGACUUGGAGUGGAGCCGCUUGUUAUUGAAUUGGAUGAAAUGGGUCCCCAAGGACCGCAAUUGCAGAAGGUGCUGGAAAGGCUCACAGGGCAGCAUACUGUUCCGAAUGUGUUCAUUGGGGGCAAACACAUUGGAGGUUGUACAGAUACCAUUAAGCUAUACCGGAAAGGAGAACUUGAACCAUUGCUCUCUGAAGCUAGCUCCAGGAAAACAGAGAGCUAGCUGUCAAGAGCGUGGCGUUGAAGUUUGAACUAUCCUUGUUCGCUUAGUUGUGUACUGAUUAUUUGCUCCUAGGAUCUGAAUUCAUGAUUUGCCAUAUUUGUACAUGUUUUAUACUUAGCCUUAUUGUUGUCCCAAUAAAAAAACAGAUUGUUACCCCAAUCCAGAACAAACACUCAUUCUCUUUGGUUCAUGUGACCUUGCUGACAA